AUGUCGGUGCCUUUGCUGAAGAUCGGCGUCGUGCUCAGCACCAUGGCGAUGAUCACCAACUGGAUGUCGCAGACCCUCCCCUCUCUGGUGGGGCUCAACACCACCAAGCUCACGGCGGCGCAGGGGGGAUAUCCAGACCGGAGCACAGGAGUGUUGCCAGCAAACCCGGAGGAAUCGUGGCAGGUGUACAGUUCAGCCCAGGAUAGCGAGGGGAGGUGUGUCUGCACGGUGGUGGCGCCCCAGCAGUCCAUGUGCUCACGGGAUGCCCGCACCAAACAACUGAGGCAGCUGUUAGAGAAGGUAAAACACAGCUUAACCUUUCAUCAACGCAUGACCCCGGUCCAGAACAUGACCCAGUCCAUCCAAGUGCUGGACCAGCGGACCCAGAGGGACCUGCAGUACGUGGAGAAGAUGGAGGUCCAGCUCCGAGGUCUGGAGACCAAGUUCAGGCAGGUGGAGGAGAACCACAAGCAGAACAUCGCCAAGCAAUAUAAGGCCAUAAAAGCGAAAAUGGAGGAGCUUAGACCGUUGAUACCAGUGUUGGAGGAGUACAAGGCCGAUGCCAAAUUGGUAUUGCAGUUUAAGGAGGAGGUCCAGAAUCUGACGUCAGUUCUAAACGAACUUCAGGAGGAGAUGGGGGCCUAUGACUACGAGGAGCUCCACAACAGAGUGUCAAAUCUUGAGGAGAGACUCCGAGCAUGCAUGCAAAAAUUAGCAUGCGGCAAACUUACGGGCAUCAGUGAUCCCAUCACCAUCAAGACGUCUGGAUCCAGGUUCGGAUCCUGGAUGACUGACCCUCUGGCACCUGAAGGAGACACUCGGGUCUGGUACAUGGAUGGUUACCACAACAACCGCUUUGUGCGGGAGUACAAGUCCAUGCAGGACUUCAUGAUGUCGGACAACUUCACCUCCCACCGGCUGCCCCAUCCGUGGUCAGGCACAGGUCAGGUGGUCUACAACGGCUCCAUCUACUUCAACAAGUUCCAGAGCCACGUCAUCAUCAAGUUCGACUUCCGCACCUCCUCCAUCAGCAAGUCCCGGCAGCUCGACUAUGCCGGCUUCAAUAACGCGUACCACUACGCCUGGGGCGGACACUCUGACAUUGACCUCAUGGUGGACGAGGGAGGGCUGUGGGCCGUCUACGCCACCAACCAGAAUGCCGGCAACAUCGUCCUCAGCAAGCUAAACCCUGGGACGCUGCAGAUCAUCAAGAGCUGGACCACCAACCACCCGAAAAGGAGCGCCGGUGAGUCUUUUAUGAUCUGCGGCACGCUCUACGUCACCAACGGCUACUCAGGAGGGACCAAGGUCUAUUACGCCUACUCCACCAACUCCUCUACCUACGAGUACAUUGACAUUGCCUUCCAGAAUAAGUACUCGCAUAUCUCCAUGCUGGACUACAACCCACGUGACAGGGCCCUCUAUGCUUGGAACAAUGGCCACCAGGUCCUUUACAACGUCACGCUGUUCCACGUCAUCCGCUCGGAGGAACUGUAA